UUGUUCUUUGUUUUAACGACAACUAAAAAAAUGAAGACGAUAAUAGAACGCUGUGUCUCUGCAAGUGCCACACGUAUCUGUGCUCCUCUGUCUUACACAAAGUAUCCAUGUAAUAACAUUAACAUGUUUGCAACUUGUUCAGCAUCAUCAUCCUCAACAACAAGAAGACCUUUAUCUCUUUCUCUCAUCUCCACCACUUUCUCUGCAUUCAUUUUCUCACUUCCUCCCCCAGCUCCUUCCUCUUCUUCUCCCUUUCCUUCUUCAAAGUUCCCCGUAUCAAAGUUCUUUGAGAUCCCCAAUUCUGGUGGAGUUAAGGCUUUGGAACUUCUUGAUGGUUCAGGUGAAGUUCCCUCAGAUGGGGACCAGGUUGCAAUUCACUACUAUGGCAGGCUGGCAGCUAAACAAGGAUGGCGCUUUGACUCAACCUAUGACCACAAAGAUAACAAUGGUGAUCCCAAUCCGUUUGUCUUUGUCCUUGGCUCUGGCAAGGUUAUUGCUGGAAUUGAUGUGGCAGUGAGAUCGAUGAAAGUAGGAGGUAUUCGUAGAGUUAUCAUACCUCCAUCACUUGGGUAUCAAAACACAUCACAAGAGCCCAUCCCACCAAAUAAGGUUGCUAUGAGCCUAUGAUGUAUCUGCAGUCUUCAAUGCUCAAUUAAAUCAAGGCUAUGCGAGAAAGCUCUAAGAAUCACAAUUGUGUGCGUACUUGGUAGUGAAGGUUAUCAUUAAUUCUUACAUAGCAUUGCAUGACAUAGAAUUUGCAGGUUUAUUUGACUAUUUGAGCAGUAGAUUUUAAUUGGAUGGAUUUUUAUUAAAAAGUGGGAGUGCACUUAGUGAAAAAGAGGUUGCGUUUAACUAUACCCAAGAAAUUAUCAAGGUCUGGGUGACAUGGCAGCCCAGCCCAUUUGUACCA